GCCGGUAUAAUAAUUGUCUCUCUAGCCGGUACCUUCUCUAUGUUCCAAUGAGGUCAUAGCUUUGCGCCCGGUGGAGCGACGUUUCGUCUUGAAAAUCAUGGCGACGGUGGAUAUACGAGAUAAUCUCCUGGGAAUUUCCUGGGUUGAUAGCUCCUGGAUUCCAAUAUUAAACAGUGGAAGUGUAUUGGACUACUUCUCAGAACGUAGUAACCCAUUUUACGAUAGAACAUGCAACAAUGAAAUGGUCAAAAUGCAACGGGUUACCUUGGACCACUUGAACCAGAUGGUUGGUGUAGAAUAUAUUCUUCUCCAUGCCCAAGAGCCUAUUUUGUUCAUCAUUCGUAAGCAGCAAAGACAAUCCCCUACUCAAGUUAUCCCAUUGGCUGAUUACUACAUUAUUGCUGGAGUGAUUUAUCAGGCACCUGACUUGGGUUCAGUUGUGAACUCUAGAGUGCUCACUGCAGUACAUGGAAUCCAGUCAGCUUUUGAGGAAGCCUUAUCCUACUGCCGCUAUCACCCAUCCAAAGGCUAUUGGUGGCACUUCAAAGAUCAAGAAGAACGAGAUAAAGCCAAACCCAAAGCUAAGAAGAAGGAAGAGCCAAGCUCUAUUUUCCAGAGGCAACGUGUGGAUGCGUUACUUCUUGAUCUGCGGCAAAAGUUUCCUCCUAAAUUUGUGCAGCAAAAGCCUGGAGAAAAACCUAUCCCAGUGGAUCAGAUCAAAAAGGAGCCUGAUCCAGCCCCUGAAGUUGUCAAGCAAGAGGAGAAAGAGGCUGCCAAGAUCAGUCAGCAGAGCACUAGCACCAAAGGCCCACCGGAAAAAAGGAUGAGAUUGCAGUGAAAAGUGAUGCAAUGACACUCCAACGUAGAAGAAAGAAAUUAGUAAAUGACGUUUCUUCUCUGUUGUUGUGGUCUGAACAUUGCCCUGAGGACUCUAACAUUUAAAGACUAAAGCAUAUGGAAUUUUGUUUUCUCCUUUGAACUGAACUUUUUACCCUGAAUUAAAUAUUUAGAAAACAGUUAGCAAACUGUUUGUACACAGGAAGCAAUGGCACAUCCCCUUGCUAUUUUAAUGUUCAUGGCUAAAUUUCACCUUACGUAUUUUUUCAUCAUCUCGCUUCGGGGAAGACUGCUUCUUCUGGCUCUGAUUAGUAGAUCUGCCUUAAGGAGAGCAACCAUUACCUGUUGGGCUUAUAUGGGGAGAGGUGCAAACUGUAUUUUGGUACUGAAGAAUGAAGAUGUCAGCUAUAGAUGAGACAGUUUUCACAACUGCUUUUUAAAUCCAUAUAAUUGGACUUCAGACUCUUGCUAAAUUUCCUAUUCUCCUUGAUCUUUCUCUAACGCACACUGAACAUUCACUCUUCUUUCUAAUUAAUACAAGGUUAUGAGUUCAUGAUGUCAAAUAAAAAUGUUUUGUAUUCAUUUUUAAAAAAUAAUGAUACAGAAGGGCACAUGAAUCAACCUGAUUACAUUUUUCUGAACUUGAAAUUUUGUUCCUGAUCCCCAAAUUAGACAUAAAAAGAGAAUAGAUUAGGAAGGGUUGGAGUGUUAUGCUACUCUUUUUGUCCAUCUGAUGGCAUAGUACUUACAUUGGCAACCAAUGUAACCAGUGGUUGAACUUAAUUGGGUCACAGUAGUAUUUGGUGGACUUCAGAUAUUUUCUCUUUAACAGCAAAGUAUGGUCCUUCAGGUAUAGAAGAGACUGUGUCCAGAACAUAGUUUAAACUUUACUGCUUUCAGCAGCCAUUAACUACUUAGAUAUGGUGCCUGGUAAUAAAAAAUAAAUUUCAUAAAUUUUGUGCUGUUUGAGCUCCUUCUGUUUUCAGCCCUUUUGAAAUGCUUUAUAACUAAGAAAUCAACAUGUCAGAUCACAACUAUAAUGGCAGCUGCCUGCCCUGAAGGUAUUGCUUUGUAUGAUAUCUCCAGUUUGUAAAUGGUAUAUUGUUUUAAUUGAUAGAAGGAGCAGGAAUAAAUUAUUUUUGUGGAAA